CUUUCAAUUGGCGACGACCACCAUGGCCGACAAUCAGAGUACGACGUUUCCGACAUCGUUCGGCAACAUGACCGACGUCCAGCUAGGGCAGACGAUAAACCAGCUGUCGACAGCUGCUCGGACGUAUGCACCGACCCCACAGCUCCCGUCAACAGUCUCAAAAGCAUAUGUAAAGAAUCUUCAUGCGUGGACGACGACAGCGACACCCCCUCCAAAAAAUGCCGCGACCGGCGCCAGAAGUACACGGGCCAGGGGAGCGAAUCGGUCCACCAAUCUCACCAAUACGUCCACUCCAACGACUACAUAUACACCACAGAUAGUGUAUCAACAGGCAGCUCAGCCGCCAGUGCAGCCAGUGGUGAUACAGGCUCCCCCGCCGCCAAAUCCGCCUAGGUCAAUAAUGCCGACUAUACCGCAAGCCUUGGUAUCUACCUACUCUUCGCGACUAAAGACUGGGCCAACGUUGCUAAUGCAACCCAUACUUGCCUCGGCCUCAUCCACCACGGCCUCAACGAGCACAAGAGCUGCCACGCGACGCGGUGGUGUAGUCAACUAUGCUGACCCAGGUUCCGGCGAUGAUCUUCCUGACGCCGGUGAGCUCGAUUCCGAUGACUCUGAUUUUGUAGCAAGUGGAGGAACGAGGACGGCGAUCCGGCAGCAGGGUACCUCUACCAGGACACGCAUGAACGCCGGGAUGUCUGUUUUCAAUUCAACGACAGGCCUCACUACUGUACGCCAGCAGUCGACACCUCCUCCCCCUCCGCCACUACUACCGGAAAAGACAGAGCUCGAUCAGAGCUAUCUAGGCCAGAUUCCGCCUUCUCGGUUCAUAACAGCCCGCCCAUUUUAUCCUACACCCCAUACCUACGCGGACCCAGACGUCCUGGCUGUUCAUUCAGAAAGACGCUCAUCUUUGGUGCCUAUACGUGUUGAAUUUGAGACAGAAACGCAUCGAAUACGAGAUUGUUUCGUGUGGAAUCUCUAUGAGAACAUCGUCAGACCAGAGACUUUCGCGAAGACUUUUUGUAAUGAUCUUGAUCUACCGAUCGUUCCCUGGGCUGAAACGGUGGCAAAUCAAAUAAAAGCUCAGCUGGAGGACCAUGAAGGUAUUGCUACAAUGGAUUUGGGUAUUGAUGGAGCAGUGAAUGGCGAAGAAGACGGUCAUGAGGAAGUUGCUGAAUGUCGCGUCAUUCUCAGUAUCGAUGUACAGAUUGCCACACACCACCUUUUGGACCACAUUGAAUGGGACCUCCUUUCACCGCUAACGCCAGAAGCGUUUUCUACUCAGCUCUGUGCAGAUCUCGGUUUGUCUGGAGAAGCCGUUCCUCUGGUUGCUCAUGCCAUUCACGAAGAGCUCAUUCGGCACAAAAAGGACGCGGCCGAAUGGGGCGUGAUCGGGGAUGUCGUCGAUAAGUCUGGGGUAGUGAAAGACAAGACUGGGUUAAAUAUUGGAUGGGGCGGUAAUCGACCGAAGGUCCUGCAGAGCGUAUGGCGGGACUGGGCUGACGCGCAGGAGUUUGCUACUAGGUUUGAGGAACUGUCGGCGGAGGAGGUGGAGAGAAGAGAGAUUGAGCGUGAGAGAGCGACCAGAAGGCUGAGGAGAGAAACGAGCAAGUUCCAGAGCUCGGCGAGGAAUAGACGGCGGUGAUACGCUACAUUGUACGUAAUAUUGAAGACUAUUUUAUGUAUAUUAUAUUCAUGCUCCAUGCCUUGGGUUACAAUUUCUUGCGGCGCCAGAUUUAAAAAUCUCUGGUGUUCUAUGUCGUAAUGGGUACCUAUAGUUUGUGUACCUUUAGAAUUGUACUCGAACCGUUCCAC